AACAUUAUUAUAUGAUCCAGCUCCACCAAAUCCACCUUUGUCUCCCUCCCUCCCUCUUUCUAACCUGCACGAGGGAAUAAGUAUACGAAUAACAACAGAAUCGCCAUUAAUGGCAGCCAUGACCUCCCUUUUCCUCAAAACCCCAAUCCAUUCAACCCCUUUCCCCAAACCCCACCGAACCCAUCUCAAAUUCUCCAAUGUCUCCCCACAAUUCAUCUCCUACAACCAAAGCCCUACUCGAAACCCAAUCCGAAUCUCCUGCGGGUUAAUCGAACCCGAUGGGGGCAAGCUGGUUGACCUGGUGGUACCGGAGUCAAAGAGAGAUAUUAAGAAGAAGGAAGCUAUGGGUUUGGCCCAGAUAAAGCUUUCUAGGAUUGAUCUGGAAUGGGUCCAUGUGCUCAGCGAGGGCUGGGCUAGUCCGAUAACCGGGUUCAUGAGAGAAUCCGAGUUCCUCCAAACUCUUCAUUUUAACUCGCUCCGGUUAGGAGACGGGUCGGUUGUUAAUAUGUCGUUGCCGAUUGUCUUGGAUAUUGAUGAUGCUCAGAAGGAGCGGAUAUUUGAUUCGGGUUCGACGUCGGUUGCACUUGUGGAUUCGGCUGAUAACCCGGUUGCUAUUUUGAACAACAUUGAGAUCUACAAGCAUAACAAAGAAGAACGAAUUGCAAGAACUUGGGGUACUACAGCCUCCGGUCUUCCUUACGUUGAAGAAGCCAUAACCGGUGCAGGAGAUUGGCUGAUUGGUGGUGAUCUUGAAGUUAUAGAACCGAUCAAGUACCAUGACGGUCUUGACCAUUACAGACUCUCUCCUUCAGAACUUCGUGCGGAGUUUGAAAAGAGGAAUGCCGAUGCAGUGUUUGCUUUCCAGCUCAGGAAUCCCGUACACAACGGUCAUGCUCUUUUGAUGACCGACACAAGGCGUAGGCUUCUUGAAAUGGGUUAUAAGAACCCUGUUCUUUUGCUUCAUCCACUCGGAGGAUUCACCAAGGCAGAUGAUGUUCCGCUUAGUUGGCGUAUGAAGCAGCAUCAGAAGGUACUUGAAGAUGGUGUUCUUGAUCCAGAAAACACAGUGGUCUCAAUAUUUCCAUCUCCAAUGCACUAUGCUGGGCCCACCGAGGUCCAGUGGCAUGCCAAGGCCCGGAUCAAUGCGGGUGCCAACUUUUACAUAGUGGGCCGUGAUCCAGCUGGCAUGGGUCAUCCGGUCGAGAAAAGAGAUCUGUAUAAUGCUGACCAUGGCAAGAAAGUACUUAGCAUGGCUCCUGGACUUGAACGCUUAAACAUUCUCCCUUUCAAGGUGGCAGCGUAUGACAAGACGCAACAGAAAAUGGAAUUCUUUGAUCCAUCUAGACCUCAGGAUUUCCUCUUCAUCUCGGGGACCAAGAUGAGAACACUUGCAAAGAACAGAGAAAACCCUCCAGAUGGAUUCAUGUGCCCCGGUGGUUGGGAAGUGCUUGUUGAAUACUACGAUAGUUUGGCUGCAAGCGACUCUGGCAAGGUCCCUGAACCCGUCGCCGCUUGAGUCAUUGACUUCAGUCCCAAACCACGGUCCAUGAUGUUCAACAUGUUGGCUUUUUUCAAUAUCAAUGUUCGAAAUUAUUGUAUAUUAUGCAGUCAGUGUGGAUUGUUUAGAUAAUUGCUACUUAUCCCAAAUAAGUGAGGUAAUGCUACUGCCUCCAUGUAUAAAACUCAUGUGCUGGUUCCUGGGCACAUUGUAACAUAUUGUAUUUGUGCUUUAGACACGGUUAUAUCCUUGAUGGGUGUGAAAAAAAAAACUUUCUUCUCCUUUUUGUUA